AGAUAAGCCCUUAUCUUUCAAGAAGCUAAGAUUUCCCAUGGAUUUCCCGUAUCUUUUGCAUGUAAUUCAGAUUGCAUUGCAAGUUUCGUUUACGGCCCUGUCCACCCGUGCAUUUCAGUUGUGCUGCAUGGUGGUGGCAGAGUUGUCCGUUGUAAAAUCACAUCCCGGCUGGUCAAGUCAAAUAAUUCUGUCAUCUUCUCUCCAAUUUGGUUAUCUACAAAGCUUGUUGUUAACAUGGGCAAAUCCAAGGAUAAGGAGAUCUUCUCCAAUAAAGGAAAGGUCAAAAUGGUCUCGGUUAAAUCCGUGCGGAAAGAACAACCACGGAAGGAUGGAGAGGGAGGUGACGCGGAUCGGACCGUAAAUGACGACGAGUACGGCUACAGGAUGAAGGAAGUUCGAAAUUUGUUUCUCCAAGGCCUUAGCGCUGUCUACUUUAUCGCGUUCAUCUCCGUCUAUCUCCAGGCUGAUGGUUUGUACGGCACCAAUGGGAUCACUCCCAUCAAGGCCGAACUAAAGUUGACCUCUCGAAAUCCGCAACAAUGCAUCAAGGACAAAUUCACUCUGCUCUGUCUCGUUCCCAACUUUUUUGGCAUUGAUACCCAACAUGCUCUUGAUCUCGUCGCCCUGAUUGGAACUAUUAUCGCUUGUGUGGCAACGAUGUGCGCCCAUGUUUGCACGAUUCCAACGAUGAUCAUCAUGUGGGGCUGCUACUUUUCCAUCUACCAAGUGGGCGGAGUUUUCCUCUGGUUCCAAUGGGAUACUUUGCUCUUGGAGGCUGGAAUUCUUGGAAUCUUGGCUGCUCCGUGGCUCCCAACCAGCGGUGGAAUGGGGAACAAGCCGCGCGACCUGACGACAAUGUGGAUGGUAAAAUGGCUCCUCUUCCGCCUCAUGUUUGCAUCCGGAGUGGUCAAACUCCAAAGUGGCUGCCCGACAUGGUGGGGUCUCACGGCGCUGAACUACCACUUUGAAAGCCAAUGUCUCCCCACUCCGCUGGCCUACUUUACUCACCACCUCCCCAGCUGGGUUCUCCACCUCCUGGUCGUAGGAACAUAUUACGUCGAGAUCGCCGUUCCUUUCGCCUUCUUCGCCCCAUUCAAGAGCGUCAAACGGUUCGCCUUCUGGACUCAGAUCAUUUUCCAACUUUCUAUCAUCUUGACCGGAAACUACACCUACUUCAACGUUCUGACCAUCGUGCUCUGCUUCUCCCUUUUGGAUGCAGACUUUUUCGGCUACAAAUCCUCCAACUCUUCUGGAUUCUCGGCAUCUCGAAUCUUCUCUAAAACCUUCUCCUAUACAUUCAUCGGAUUCUCGUUGUUCUACACUGGCAAGUUUUUCGGUCUCGGACUGAACCCGGAUAAUACGAUAUCAUCAAAGAUAACCUUCAGCCGGAUCGAGUUUGAUUGGUUCGUUUCGAUUACGGUACCCUACGCCGCGAUGAUGGGACUCUUGACCUUGGGCUCGACCGUGUCUCAAACCCUCAUCAUUUCUCUGUUUGACAAGCAGGGAGCCUGGAAUAAGUUGACGUCAUUCGUCUCCUCCCUCUUCUACGGAGCAUUGUGCUUUGGGCUCUUCAGCAUCACGCUGGUACCAUUCACAUCGCUUCACACAGAAACGAAUAGGUCGCUGUACCCCGUGAUGCGCGACUUGCACGCGUCCCUUGCCAAAUACCACGUGGCCAACUCAUACGGCCUCUUCCGCAAGAUGACCGGCGUGACGAGUGGACGACCAGAGGUAGUUUUGGAAUACGCGGACGACCUCAACGGACCGUGGAAGGAGUACGAGUUUCUCUACAAGCCGGGAAAUGUCUCCGCUGCGCCACUCUUUGUUGCGCCCCACCAACCAAGAUUGGAUUGGCAAAUGUGGUUCGCUUCCCUGUCGACGUAUCACGAUAAUCCGUGGUUGGUCUCGUUGACCUAUCGACUCCUCCAAGGAGAAAAGAGCGUCAUAAAACUCCUCGACGUGUCUAAAGCUCCGAAAACCGUGCCGAAAUAUAUUCGGGCAUCGGCGUACCAUUAUACAUUCACAAAACCAUCUAGCGGGCCAGGAGGUGACUGGUGGACAAGGAAGAGAGACAAGGAAUACAUGCCCAUCUUCUCCAAGGACCACGCCCCACUCGUCGAUUUCAUCAAGAAUCUCGGCUACUUGGACAAAGACGUACAGACACCGAAAGAGUCGCAAUUCAUCACGGAAAUGUUGGACAGCAUCCGCACCUUGACGGAAGUCGGACGGCCGGAAUUCAUCGUCUGGGGCGCGAUCGCCUCCCUCUUAGCGAUCAUCUUCUCAGCCAAGAUGUUCAAGUAAUGCGCGAUACCCUAGACCAAAAGCGCAAGGAAAUUGUAAUUGGUGUCCAAAAAAGUCAGGAGAGCGAGCUUGAAUUCAAACAAGUACACAACAAGAUUCUGCAGCAAAUUUCAACAUUAAUUAUGAUCUAAUUUGUUACUUAAUUACUUAAAUUACUCGUUACUUAAUUACACAAAAGAUACACAAUUUAAUUUAAAAUACCACAUUUCGUAAAAGUUACCUCGUCUUGUGCAAACUUGAUUAUUCUAAUUGUUAUUACAAAUCUUGAUAACGUACACAGGUUUACAUUUACACAUCUAAUUUAUUCCCGAGUGUUAAAAUAAUUACUUAAUUGUAUUGUGACUGAAUUAUUUAGUUAAAAAAUAUGUGAAACCUUAUUUAAUGUUUUUGGUAGAUCUGAGGGACGAUACGACUGAUGAUGAUAAUUAUGGUUUUGUUAAGUUUUUACACAAACUUGCAAUUUUGCUGUGUUCUCUUUUUGUGAAUCUCGGAUUAGUGAUUAUCAUGAUUUUGUGUGUGUAAUUCUCCUUUCAAAUUGUAAUCUACGAUAAAAAGAUAUGAGUAAAAUUAUCUAGAUUUCUCGCCCUUGCUGGAACUGUCUGGACAAAAAUUUGCUAAAAUUAUAACUUUAGUAAUAAAACGACAACGAGUUAGUCAAAAUUUUCUAAGA